AUAUUUGUUACGACUAUCGGACGUUACAAUAAAGCUUAUUAAUUGAGCUAGUUUUGUCGACCUGUGUUAAAUAUUAGUUAAUUACCGCCGAAAUUUAAUGAUGCAUUGCGGGAUGUUUGCGUUUUAUGAUUAGUAGGGUAGGCGUUACUGAGACGCGGUAACAACGUAGAUCGUAAAAAAAGUUAUUUAAAAAUAUAAUUGAAAGUGAAUAUAGUGAUAAAAAACCGUACAAGUGACAAAUAAACUAGUGAAUGUGACUAUAUAAUGAAGGCAGGGUCCUAAGUUAACGAAUAAUCCAUAAAAUACCUAAGAAAAAACUGAAGUGUUAACAAACAACAACCUACGAACUUUUCAAGUCUUUUCUCGCGAAACCAGGAACUAAUAAUUGUACCAAGGUCUAUGAAAGUGCCGGAGUGCAAGUGAAUGAAAAUCGCGAAAGCUAUCCCUUUUUUGGAAAACAUAACUUCUCUCCUGAAUGAGUCUGCAAUUUUACCUAUCUGUCAUAUCAAAAUAAUCUGGGAAACAGCGCCAUCUAUUAGAAAAAAAGCACACUACGUAUGAAAAAAACUAUCCAGCUCCACUAGAGGGCGCAACUAGUACCAAAACAAAACAGCAUGGAAGAAAUCAUGAAAGCCUUACAAAAUAUUCAAAAAGAACUGAACGCUCAAAAAAUAGAAAUUCAGAAAAGUGGUGAAAAGGUGACAGAGCAAGUAACACUCAACAUAAUUAACAAAUUAGAAGAGAAAUUUUCCAUAUUGGAAGAAAAACAUCAAACUUUGAAAGAAAAUGUUGAACAACAAGAAAAAAGGAUUCAAUUUAUGGAAAAACAAGCAAGACAAAGAAACAUAAUUUUCUUCGGUAUCGAAGAGAGUGAGACAUCCUAUCAUAACUUGGAGAACAAUAUAUUGCUAUUAAUAAGUGAAAGACUGUUAUUAAAAUUGGAUUGUAGAGAUAUUCAAGAAAUAAAGAGAGUGGGGAAAAAGGGUGAUAAGCCGCGACCAAUAAUUGUAACCUUUUCUACCCUUGGUUCAAAGGUCAGCAUUCUCAAGCAUAAAAGAUUAUUAAAAGACACCCAAUACUACUUAAACGAAGACUACCCUAAAUACAUACUAGAAAAAAGGAAAGAACUACAGGAGAAAGCAAAUAGAGAGCGCGAGAAAGGAAAUAAAGUCACGAUAAAAUACGAUAAGCUUGUUAUAUUAAAAUCAAAUAACAAAAGAAUACUGAUGACUUCACCAGAGUCAGAUCCCAAUUCUCAAGCACUAGUUGGUAAUAGUACAACAAGACCCAUUAAGAAAAAAAUAAAACAAUCAAACCCAUAUAUACCUAGAUCAAAUAGUGUCUCAGAAGGAGUUCUUAAACCAAGCAUUCUAAGCUAUUUAGUAAACAAUAACGUUAAUACACCACAUAACCAAACCAACGAUAAAACCAUUAACUUACAUUCAUAACAAUCAACUUCCCCCUCCCUCAACGAUGCAACAUUCAAUCAAUUCCAACCAAGCAACGAAAACCAUCUUCCAAUCCGGCUGGUCACCGUGGAAGAUCAAGACCAAAACCCUCUAAAGAAGACAUCUCAAACUCCUUCAAUAAUAAGAAAUGGAACACUAACACAAGAAAUACUUAACUCAACUAAAAAGAAGAAAGAUCACCUCUACAUAUUAACUUACAACGUCAGAACUUUAUCUACUUACGAACGCUUAAUCGAACUUAGCGAAGCUCUCACUAAAAUCAAAUACGACAUAAUUGGAAUGUGUGAAAUAAGGAGGACGGGCACCAGGAUAGAAGAAUAUAAUAAUUUCAUACUAUGCCACACAGGACACACACCUGGUAAACGUGGAGUCGGUUUCAUAAUAAAUAAAACCCGUAAGAACUGGAUUAAAAGUUUCAUGGGAAUAAACGAUAGAGUAGCAUUAUUAAACUUAAACAUACAAGGAUUGUCCAUGUCAAUUAUACAGAUAUACGCUCCAACUGAAACGGCAUGUGAAGAAGAGAUUAACAACUUCUACACAAAUGUCAAUAGAGCCGUAGACCAAGCCUACAAGAACUAUAUAAUAAUGGGUGACUUUAACGCGAAAAUAGGUCAACCAAGAAAAGAUGAACAUCUAAUAAUGAAACCAAACGGAUAUGGUGAAAGAAACCAGAGAGGUUAGAGGCUAAUUGAUUUCGCCCUCGAACACAAACUUGCCAUCUUAAAUACUUUCUUUCAUAAAAAACCAAACCAAAGAUGGACCUGGCGAUCACCGAACGAUAAAUACAAAAAUGAAAUAGAUUACGUAUUGUCAAAUCAACCAAACAUCUUCCAAAACAUAGAAGUUUUAAAUCUGAACUACCCGUCAGACCACAGGGCAAUCAGAGCAACAAUGUCUAUCACAAAGCAGACGAAAAAACGCACAGCCUAUAAAAGCAAUCGAUAUUCAUCACUAAAAACUGAACAAGAAAUAUUAUCUUUUAAACAAAACAUUUCAUCACAAUUACAGGAUUUAUAUAAAGCCCAAGAAAAAACAUCAGUACAGGCUUUAUAUAACACACUAACCAAGGCCAUAACCCAGAGCUUACAGGACGCCCGAAUUUCCAACGAAAUAUCAAAAGGUAACCAUAAAGUUUUAAAGGAGUAUACACUGGAACUUAUCAAGAGAAGACAAGAGUUACAACAUACUAAGAUAAAAACUCGAGACACAAAAAAAUGAACUAUCAGCUCUAUACAAACUAAUAAGUAAACACAUUAAACAGGACUACAAAUGCUACAGAUUGAAGACUAUUGAAAAACAUCUGGAAAAAGCAGGAAGCUCAAAAAAGGCCCUUAAAGAACUAAGAAUAAAUAAAUCUUGGAUAGACAGCUUAAACUGUAAGGACAAAACCGUAAAUAAUCGAAAAGAAAUCAUAGAUGUAGCAACACAUUUCUAUAAAACACUAUAUAAAGCACAAGGAAACGAGUGUACCAGCCAUAGCUAUGCAAAUGAUAUUAACUCUACAAACAAAAGCGGAGACAUAGCACCAAUAACUGAAAAAGAAGUAACACAAGAAAUAAAAAAGCUAAAGCUAGAGAAGAGCCCAGGACCAGAUGGCAUUACAAAUGAAGCUAUAAAGGUUGCUUGGCCGCUACUGACUCUCCCAUUAUUACACUUAUUUAACCUUAUAUUAAAAACUGCUGAAAUACCAUUGCAGUGGGCAGAAUCGGAAAUAAUUUUAAUUUACAAAAAAGGUGACUCAAAAGAUAUCACAAAUUACAGGCCUAUAAGCUUACUCUCAUGUAUCUACAAACUGUUUUCCUCCAUAAUUAACAAAAGAAUAAGUGUCACAAUAGAAGCAAACCAACCAAUAGAACAAGCAGGUUUUCGCAAGAGUUUUUCAACAAUCGACCACAUACAUACUCUAGAACAAAUAAUGGAAAAAUAUCAAGAGAAGCAAAUAACGUUAUACAUUGCAUAUAUUGAUUAUAAAAAAGCUUUUGAUACCGUGUCACAUUCAAGUAUCUGGACCGCCCUGCAAGCUCAAAAAGUUGAACAAAAGUAUAUAGAUAUAAUAAGUAACAUUUACAAAAGUAGUACAGCAAAAAUAAAACUAGAAUCCACUGGUCCUACGUUCUCCAUCGGAAGAGGCGUGAAACAAGGCGACCCGCUAUCUCCAAAGUUAUUUAUAUCUCUCCUAGAGUCAAUAAUAAAAAGACUCAACUGGGAAAAGACAGGAUUGAACAUCAAUGGCAAGUAUUUAUCUCACCUAUGCUUCGCAGAUGACUUAGUUUUGCUGUCAGAAUCUAGCACACAAUUACAAAACAUGAUCGAUUCACUAAACACAGCUAGUAAGCAGGUAGGACUGGAAAUGAAUCUUUCUAAAACAAUGGUUAUGACAAAUAGUUUACAGAGAAGAAUAUCAGUGGACAACGAAACUCUGAAAUAUACAGAGAAUUACAUCUACCUUGGAAAACAAAUUGGCUUGAACAGAAAACAAAAUGACCUAGAAAUAGAACGAAGAGUACAAAAUACUUGGAACAAGUAUUGGUCCUUAAAAGAGAUAUUCAAAAGUAACAUGCCAACAAAUAUCAAAACAAAACUCAUGAUGCAAUGCCUCCUACCUUGUCUAACCUAUGCAUGUCAAACUUGGAAAUUUACAUGUAAAUUAAAAAGCAAAAUUACUAGCUGCCAACGCGGAAUAGAACGAAGUAUGCUCAAUAUAAAAAAGAUGCAAAAAAUUCGUCACACAAAAAUUAGAGAAGCCACCAAAGCGACGGAUGCUCUAAUCUACGCUAAGAAACUAAAAUGGAAGUGGGCUGGGCACGUGGCGAGGCUAAAGGAUGAGAGAUGGACCAACAGGGUAACAACGUGGAAGGGUCCAAUAGGCAAACGCCGGAAAGGCAGACCCCACAUGAGAUGGUCAGACGAGCUGAUAAAAAUAGCUGGUACCCGCUGGCCACAAAUAGCCCAAGAUAAAGAUACAUGGUAUUCUUUAGAGGAGGCCUUCACCUUCAUUUGAGGAGGGUUCAUGUAAACAAACUUUUAUAUUUUAGACACUAUAAACUUUUUUUAAAAAGCACUAUCUAUAUUUAUAUUUUUUUAAACGAGGGGAUUGAGGGAAGAGGGAUGAGAGGAGGAAGGAGAAAAGGGCAAACAAGUGUAAACAGCAUCACUAUUAUUUUUUCUUCUUUCCUUUUUUUUCUUUUUUCUUUUCUUCUUUAUAAUUUCUUCUUCAUACUUGAAACGUGUAUGUAACCUAUUAUUUGCAUGAAAUAAAAGGCUUAUUAUUAUUA